UCCAAUUAAAUUCUGAACUAGCUGUGAAGAAUAGAAAAAGCGUUAAGUAUAUGCUGAUAUAACUGAAAAAAUAGGCUUUUCGGUUAUGAAUCAAGGGUUCCGCUUUCUCUGGACACGCCCCUUUCAAAACGUCACUGAAAACAUGGCUGUUUUCUUGAGCCGGUUACACCACGUUUCGCUCCACGUUUCUAACGCGGAGAAAAUAGCUAAUGACCUUGUCUCUAAAUUCAAGUUUGAUUUAUUUGCUGCCAGAUUAACUGACAAGUCCAAGCAGUUUGCUUUCAGGAAAGGAGCAGCAGUUUUCGUCGUAAAUGAGAGCCCCAGUAAGAGCAGAGUGGGACUGAAUGAAGGGAUACUGGGAUUAGCUGACAGAUACUCCAUUGAUCCACAGCGGGCUGACUUGGAGAAGUACAAGCAGGGUAAUAAUUCUUUGGGAUGUCUUUAUGAUUUAAGCCCUCUUCAUCCGGUGGAUACUGUAAACAACGUGUGUUUCGAGGUAGAGGAUGUCCAAAGGUCAUUCAAGGUUCUUCGCGAUCUGGACUGUAAUUUCUUGGUGCCUCCCACCACCGUUAAGGACGUGAAUGGUCCUGUCACCUACUCGGUAGUAAAAUCAAUUGUGGGAAACGUGUGUCACACGCUAAUUGAGAAGACAAACUAUGAGGGAGUCUUUUUGCCAGGGUUUGAUGUCAUUGAAAAGGACUGGAGCUUGGAAGAAGAGGACAUGUCUUGUCCUGUCACACACUUUGAUCACAUAACUUAUGCCUGCCCCAGGAAGACAACCCACCAGGUCAUGGGAUGGUACGAGAAGGUCUUUGGUUUUCAGAGGUUUUUCAUUGAUAGUAAUGAAGACGUGGAUGAAGGUUUUGUGAUAAACCAGGAAGGCAUUGGGCUUCGACUUACUGCCAUGGAGUACUGGAAGUGCAGCAAAGCAGGCAUCGCUCUUCCUUUUGCUGGCAAAAAGGAGCCUGACUGCAAGUUUGUCAUUGCGGAAUCACUGCCCGAACAAGGCCGGAACCAGGUUGACACCUUCUUGGAGCAGCAUAGGGCCCCAGGGAUCCAGCACAUUGGGCUGUACACCAAAAACAUUGUUUCUACUGCGCACACGAUGGCUGAAGCUGGCGUACAAUUUUCCUCCCCUCCUCCAGCCUAUUACACUCAGCUGGGAAAACAGCAGGAAAUAGAGGAAGCAGGUCACAGCCCCCAGAUGCUAGCACAGCAUGGGAUUCUCCUGGAUACAGACCUGCACCAGGAUCCUUUAUCACAGAGAGCAUCCAGUGAAAGUAAAAGACAUCUUCUACAGGUGUUCACCAAGCCCAUAUUCGCUGAGAACACCUUCUUUCUCGAGCUGAUUGAGCGAAGAGGGGCAACGGGAUUUGGCGAGGGGAACAUCAAGGCACUGUGGCGGUCGGUGCAGGCGUACAUGGAAAAUGAGAGGGUGGAUCGUCAAGAACCUCAGGGAUCCUCAAAAACUGCACAAACUGCUCUUAGUUAGCCACUCCAAACAUUUCUAUAACAGGUUAUUUUAUUUCAUGUGGCUGCACUAUUUACUGAAAAACAUAUGAAAUAUUUAAAUUACUCUCUAAAAAGUCCCUCGUUGCACUGAUGACACAUUACUUAUUAUAUAAUGCAUUCAUAUCUGUUGAAAUGGGUGCUGUGUUCUGCACUUAAAAUGAUACAACAAAAGACACUUGCUGUAGGAGUAAAAGAAUGUCUUUGUUUUCACUGUCUCAAAGUAAACCACAUUGCUCCAGAGUAACCUCAAUAAACUUGACUCACAGUAAACUGUGAAAAUCAAUUGCUGGCUUCAAAAUAUUGUGCUCCGUUUUUCUUCUUGUGUGGGCCAAACUUCAGAAUAAGCACACUUUAAACCUCUUAGACCUUCCUAGACAAACACUGACAAUAGCCAGUGCAUUUUAGUAAUUGUCAAAGAUAAUGGAACUUACAGUUACUUACAUUAUAUUUUGAUAGUAGCACUUGCAUGCGGUACUUUUACUUUGCAAUGCUUUUGGGUGCAGUGGCUUGUUCUUCAUUGUUAAUGCAGUAUAUGUAUGUAAAGUGUCUGAACACCACUUCCACAUAUACUCAAUGAAGUAUGCGCAACAAGCUCAAGCUGCUAGAAGACUGAAAGCUUGCUAAUGCAUCAAGGAUAGUGUGCUUUUUUUAAUGCAUACUGUGCUAUAAUAACACUGUAUAUUAAAGUAUUUUCACUUAAAACA